AUGAUUGAUGUUGCCUGUUGUGUUACUCUUCUCGACUCGAGACUCUUCUCGUACGAUGACUCGACAAAGGAUGUGACCGUCACGGAUACGAGCAAGCUGCAGGAUCUGAUCACCAAAAUAGACGCUCCUCUGAAGGCCUCUGAUCUCGCUCAUCUACACUAUGAUGGCAAGGAUCUGCAUGUCGUUGCUCUCGCUAACUUCCCCCUGGAACCAUGUUAG